CGUCUAUGAACUUCAUUUCAAGGAGUAUAAAACGGGAUGUUUACUAUAGUCUCAUGUGUCGCCGCAUGACUCUAGGACGAUGUUAGUGUUAUAAGGAGCUGAUUUUGGACCGGUGCAUGCUCUUUCGAAACCGCUUCGAGUCUUUGGUGGAAUAUUUCUUUCUAGAUACCCCUUUACAGCUCCCGAUUGUAUUACGUUAUCUAGUGAUAAUUUGUAUACGUUAUUACAUCUUAGUUCCAAGGUCUUGUUUGGCUGUCCACCUCCCUCUUUCUAGACGACGAACGAUGAACCCUAGAAGAGGAUCCUCCCCCUAGUAUAGCCACGCAAUGAGAGACAACGGAUUUCUAGCUUACAGUCGCGG